AUGGCCAACAAUUACAAGUUUGAGGGAUGGAUGGGCAUCGAUGCCGAAUCCGGCGAGGGCAACAUGGUCUGGCAGGAAUUUGAACCAAAGACCUGGGAAGAGACCGACGUUGAUAUUAAAAUCACGCACUGCGGUAUCUGCGGAACCGAUAUACAUACUCUGAGGAGUGGAUGGGGACCUACCAAAUAUCCUUGUUGUGUCGGACAUGAAAUUGUAGGACUCGCAGUUCGCGUCGGAUCAGAGGUUGAGAAUGGGAUCAAACUAAAUGAUCGGGUGGGCGUGGGUGCCCAGAAUGACUCUUGCUUGAGCCGAAAUGGUCGCUGCGAGGAAUGUUCGGCCGGCCUCGAAACAUACUGCCCCCAUCUUCUGGGCCUAACCUACAAUGCGGUGCAUUGGAACGGGUCUAAAUCAUACGGUGGCUAUGGUCUCUACCAUCGUGCACCGUCUCAUUUUGUCAUCAAAAUUCCUGACUCUAUCCCCUCCGCGCAGGCCGCUCCAAUGCUAUGUGCUGGAAUAACCACCUAUUCCCCACUGCGCCACAAUGGAUGUGGCCCGGGCAAAAAGGUGGGAGUUAUUGGUGUUGGUGGUCUUGGUCACUAUGCUAUCAUGUUCGCGAAAGCUCUUGGAGCUGACCGUGUCGUUGCUAUGUCACGCAAGUCCGAUAAAAGGGCAGAUGCCUUCAAACUUGGUGCCGAUACCUAUCUCGCUACGGCUGAAGAUCCAAACUGGGCCAAAUCCAACUUGCAGUCUCUCGAUCUUAUCAUCUCAACUGUCUCGUCUGCUAAGAUGCCUCUUGCCGAUUAUCUCUCCCUUCUCAAGACCGACGGGACUUUUGUUCAACUCGGCAUUCCGGACAACGGUAAUUUGGCAGUACCUGCUGGGUCUUUGAUUUUCCGGAGAAUUAAAAUCACUGGUUCUUUGAUGGGUGGCCCUGGCGAGAUACGGGAGAUGCUCGAAGUAGCCGUCAAGAAGAAUGUUAAGUCUUGGGUUGAAGAAAUUCCGAUGAAAAAUGCCAAUCAGGCUAUACUGGACAUGGAGGCUGGAAAAGCUAGAUACAGGUACGUGCUUGUCAAUGAGCACGAUGCGGAGUGA